UUAUAUAAAAUAAAAGGUCCCAAAAAAUUGCCAUCCCCUCGUUCCCACCAGGAAAAGAAAGAAAAAAAAGGAAAGAGAACCCUCGAAUCCAUCGUAUGAUGAUGAUAUAGCUAAAAAAAACAAAAUGAAGACUCUCUCUCUAAAAAAACCCCUCUAAUCUCGCUCCCUCUCUCUCUCUCUCUAGAAAAAACAACAUCAACCCAACAACAACUGCUCCCAUAUUUUUUCUCUCUCUAAACAAAAACACAAACACCUUUUGUACCUUAGAUACAGAAAUGGAGUCUCUUGACCAAGCUGCUUGCUUUAUGGAUGACUUACUGGACUUCGCUUCUGACAUAGGCGAAGAAGAUGACGACGAGGAACACAACAAUAAACCCAGAAAGGCUUUUCCCUGUUCCCUUAACCCUAAUGUUUCUUCUCCUUUCGACGUUUUCAACAACCACCACCCAGUUGACGAUUCCACCCUUCAUCCUUUACCUGAAUUUGCGGAGGAAGAGCUUGAAUGGUUAUCAAACAAAGAUGCAUUUCCUUCAGUUGAAACAUUUGUCGACAUUCUCACAGAAAAUCCAGGUAGCUUACAGAAGCACCGGAGUCCGGUCUCAGUGCUUGAAAACAGCACAACAAGUAGCACCAGCAACAGUGGUCAUAGUGGCACUAAUGACAGUGUUAUCAUGAAUUAUUGCCGUAGCCUCCACGUACCGGUGAAGGCGAGGAGCAAGCCCCACCGAAGGCGCCGUCGUGACCUUGGAGGUCAGCAGUGUUGGUGGAGCCAAGAGAAUUUGAAGAAAGUGAAAGUCGUAAAAUCUUCAUCUUCUACAAUUGGAAGAAAAUGUCAGCAUUGCGGUGCUGAAAAAACACCUCAAUGGCGUGCUGGGCCUCUUGGCCCUAAAACCCUUUGUAAUGCAUGUGGUGUGAGGUAUAAGUCUGGCCGGUUGGUCCCUGAGUACCGGCCUGCUAGUAGUCCCACGUUUAGCAGUGUAUUGCAUUCAAAUUCGCAUAGGAAAGUUUUGGAGAUGAGAAGACAGAAGCAGAUGAUGGGAAUUAUGGUUGUGAAACCUAUGGAGAAAGGGUAGACAAUGGUGAUUAGUGCCUUUCUUUUUUCUUUUUUCUUUUCCCUAAAUUUUUCCUUUCUUUAUUUUACUUUUCCUUUUUCUAGCAUAGUUAGGAAGUAGGGGGCUUGCUGUAAUGGGAUAGCUGGUUACUGGUUAGUGAUGAUGUUUCUUUGGUUUUGAUGGAAAUUUGAUUAGGGGAAUUUUGACUUGUUAGUGUGUAUUGUUUGUUGAUUGUUCUAUGUUAUUAGAAUAGAAAAAAAAAGAGCAAGGUAGUCUUAUUGAGUUUUA